AUGGCAGCUCAGACUACAGAGAAGUUGGAUCAGCUGGACCUGAACGUCCAAGCCGCCCCCACGGCAGACCAGGUUCCCGCUGAAGCGGAGGAGGACUCGGACGAUGCCCAAGACGGCGAGGGUGCCGCAGAGGCUGGAGCUGCUGGAGCCGACAAAAAGAAGAAGAAGAAGAAGCCCAAGAAGAAGAGCAAGAAGAAGGGUGGUGCCAAGGUUCAGAGCGAGCCACCGCGCGUGCCUGUAUCUAACCUCUUCCCCAACGGCCAGUACCCCGAUGGCGAGAUCGUCGAAUACCUAAACGACAAUGCUUACCGUACCACCAACGAAGAGAAACGAUACCUCGAUCGCAUGAACAAUGACUUCCUGCAGGAGUACCGCCAGGGUGCCGAGGUCCACCGUCAAGUCCGCCAGUAUGCGCAGAAAAACAUCAAACCCGGCCAGACUUUGACUGAGAUCGCGGAGGGUAUUGAGGAUUCAGUGCGCGCUCUGACAGGUCACUCGGGUCUGGAGGAAGGUGAUAACAUCAAGGGCGGCAUGGGCUUCCCUUGCGGUUUGAGCAUCAACCACUGCGCUGCGCAUUAUACUCCGAACGCCGGCAACAAGAUGGUCCUGAACGAGGGAGACGUGAUGAAAGUUGACUUCGGUGCGCAUCUUAACGGCCGCAUUGUAGACAGUGCUUUCACCAUGACUUUUGACCCAGUGUACGAUCCUCUUCUUGCCGCCGUUAAGGACGCCACCAACACCGGUAUCCGGGAAGCGGGAAUUGACGUCCGUAUGAGUGAUAUCGGUGCCGCCAUUCAGGAAGCUAUGGAGAGUUACGAAGUUGAGCUCAAUGGCACAAUGCACCCCGUCAAGUGUAUCCGUAACUUGAACGGUCACAACAUUGAUCAGCACGUCAUCCACGGCGGCAAGAGUGUGCCUAUCGUCAAGAGCACCGAUCAGACCAAGAUGGAAGAGGGUGAAGUUUUUGCUAUUGAGACUUUCGGUAGUACUGGUAAAGGCUACGUGCGAGAGGAAAUGGAAACCUCGCACUACGCUCUCGCCGCGGACGCUCCUAACGUUCCCCUGCGUCUUUCCUCUGCCAAGAACUUGUUGAAUUUGAUCAACAAGAACUUUGGCACACUUCCCUUCUGUCGCCGGUAUAUUGACCGCCUAGGUCAGGACAAGUACCUUUUGGGCUUGAACAACUUGGUUUCUUCUGGAAUUGUCCAGGAUUACCCUCCUCUUUGCGAUAUCAAGGGCUCAUACACUGCCCAAUAUGAACAUACAAUUGUGUUGCGCCCGAAUGUGAAGGAGGUUAUUAGUCGUGGCGACGACUACUGA